UGCAUGCACACACACAUACACACACACACACACACACACACACACACACACACACACACACACACACACACACACACACACACACACACACACACAACACACACACACACACACACACACACACACACACACACACACACACACACACACACACACACACUGUAUCCUGUGUACAGAGAUGAGCAGGACCGCACCUUCUCUGUGAAACUGAAGCUGCUAUGGGGUACCUGUGAAGGGUUGGCUUUCAUUGUCUUUUCUUUCUCUCCCUGCAAGCUCUGGGCGUCUGGAUAUUAACAUACAAUGCUGUGGUGUUCAUUGUUUUACGUGAUCAUUUGUUCCGGCUGCCAGGUACUUAUAGUCGCGUAGGGUUAAGGAGAUGAAGGACCUUGUACAUGGAGCUCUCCCAGAAUAGGCCCUACAGUCUCUCUGCUUGUUGUUGUUCUGCACAAAGUUGCAGUUGUUGUCCGUGUGGCAUUUGGAAUUAACUUUGCCGCUUGAGUUUCCAGGACAGGUUGCUGUUUUAUUUUUUAUUUUUUGGGGAGACCGACUUUUGUUUGGUUUCCUUGCUGGUGAAUUACCUUCGUAACAGGCGGUAGGUCAGCCUGGCAGCCAUGAGGGGCCGACGUGAGGUGGUCUUGGUGAGCAGGUGUUGGCGGCCGGCGGUGUGGCUCCCGCUGUCGCUGCUGGUGUCCGUCUUGCUGGUGGCCAUGAGCGUGCUGCUGCAUCACGACGGAGACGUUAGACCCAUCACACGCAGACCCCCGCAAUCCCGCGGUAUGAAGGUCGUCCCACCACACCGCCGUCACACUCGUCCCCUACGCUCUCUCCCCCCCCCCCAAAAAGUGCAACUGGUGAACGGCCAGGGCCGGUGCGAGGGCCGCGUGGAGGUGCGCUCCGGCGGCGGCGGCGGCGCCUGGGGCACCGUGUGCGACGACGACUGGGACAUGGUGGACGCCAACGUGGUGUGCCGCCAGCUGGACUGCGGGCUGGCCAUGGCCGUGGGCACCAGCUCCCAGUUCGGCCAGGGCUCCGGGGCCAUCUGGCUGGAUAACGUGGACUGCACCGGCGGCGAGACGGACCUGAGCCAGUGCGGGAGUCUGGGCUGGGCCGUGCACAACUGCUACCACUACGAGGACGUGGCCGUCUUCUGCAGAGGCAACCCGGUGAUUCUUCAAGGCAGAGGCCCACAGAGGCACACCACGCCGGCCACUGGUGUUUUGGCUUUACGCGACGGCUCCAUCCAGCUGGUGGGGGGACGGGACCGCUGUCAGGGCCGCGUGGAGGUGUACUACCGGGGCAGCUGGGGCACGGUGUGCGACGACGACUGGGGCCUGAAGAACGCCGAGGUGGUGUGCCGGCAGAUCCAGUGCGGCCGGGCCGUGUCGGCGCUCCGCAACUCCUACUUCGGCUACGGCCGCGGAGAGAUCCUCCUGGACAACGUCAACUGCACCGGCAACGAGCUCAUGCUGUCGCGCUGCUACAGUCUGGGCUGGGGCACCAACAACUGCGGACACCACGAGGACGCCAGCGUCAUCUGUGCCAGCUCCGGUUUGACCACUCCGCCACCGCCCGCAAACACAGAGUCGAUGAACGUGUGGCCUUUGGAAGGGGGGAGGGGGUUCUUCCCCUUCACCAACCUCACGCCAGUAGCAAACGGAACACUGCCAGUGACUCAAACUACAGAAACCACUACGACGACUACUCAAGCACCGAGAGUUCGGCGAAGAAUCAGGGUGGUCAACGGCAACAGCAGUUGCGCCGGGCGGGUGGAGGUGUUCUACUCCACCAUCUGGGGGACUGUGUGCGACGACGAUUGGGACAUGACCAACGCCCGGGUGGUGUGCCGGCAGCUGGGCUGUGGGACGGCCAUCGCCGCCAAGGGCCUGGCCUUCUACGGCUACGGCGAGGGCCCCAUCCUCAUGGACAACGUGGACUGCCUGGGCACCGAGCUGGACCUGGGCACCUGCUUCCACCUGGGCUGGGGUCAGCAUAACUGUGGACACCACGAGGACGCCGGGGUCAUCUGCGCCCCUCCAAGCCUUUCUGCAACCGGACAGGAAUUUGUGGCAAACAGGAGUGUCUCUAACGGCCAAACCCCCAAUGAAGGCGCCGUCCGGCUGGUGGCGGGGCUGCACCAGUGCGAGGGCCGCGUGGAGAUGUUCUCCGGCAGCGAGUGGGGCACGGUGUGCGACGACGCCUGGGACAUCGCCGACGCCCAGGUGGUGUGCAACCAGCUGGGCUGCGGCGAGGCCAUGGUGGCCCGUCCCGAGGCCUUCUUCGGGCCCGGCGGGGGCACCAUCCUCCUGGACAAUCUCAAGUGCCGCGGCGACGAGGCCUCGCUCCAGGGGUGCUCCCACAUAGCCUGGGACGUGCACAACUGUGACCACUCCGAGGACGCGGGGGUCACCUGCUCCAUGUCCUGAUUACAGCCCGAACCGCGACUGCCCGAUGCUACCCAGCAACCAUCAAACCAGUGUCACGACACCCACUCCCCAGCACCCAUUAACCCACUAUCACUUCACCCAUCAACCAAGCACCCAUGAACCCAGCACCCAAUAUCAAUUCACCCCGAAUCGUUCUCCUGCCACCAAUCCAUCCAAAGCUCAACUCCCAGUACCAGAACCCCAGCACCACCCACCCAGCACCCUUAGAACCAGGCCCAACCCAGCCAGCACCCUUAGAACCAGGCCCAAACCACCCAG